AAUCCCGUAUUCGGGAUGUGCUGGUAAAAAAAAAAAGCCCCUUUUUGUUUUUACUGCUGCUGCUGCUUUUUUGUGUUGUCCGAACCCCUUGAAUGUUUUUUGUUUCCUCACCUCACAUCAAUGGACCUGUGUAGUACCCGUCGUCGUCAUCGACACUUUCCAGCUUCUCGGCGACGGAGCAGCAGCGAGACCAAUUGAUGCGCGCAUUGGGCGAACGGGACUAAGAAAAAGACAAGAACAAGAAAACAAGCUGCACAAAGAUUUGCUAAAUUGGGACAGCCUUGGGCACACAGCAACGUGUCCGGGCUGGCUUUUUAUGGCAGGGUGCCAACAGCUUUACUUUGUUCUAUUUUUUAUUCGUCUUUCUCUCCUCUCUUUCUCUCUCUUCUUCUCUUCACACUUACACACUUACACACACACACACACACACAACGCCCCUUUCUUUCUUUCUUUCUUUCUUUCUCUCCAUUCCCAUCCGCUUCUCUCUUUCUAUCUUUGUUCUUCAAACUGCGUCGCAGCACACAUCACAUACACCCCAACUCAUACCUUUGCAUUAACCCUUAUUCAUGUCCAGCUUUUCAUCUAAACUCUCGAGGGUCCGCUCCGUCAAACUAUCUGCCUUUGCCCAUCGACAACAACAACAACAACAACAACAACGCUCACCGUCACCGAACCCGCCGCCAUCAUCCUCCACGCCAUCACAGCAG